AUGAUACGGAGACUGAAUGUCAUAAAAUAUGUAAUAGUGGAUUUGAGUCUAGCACCUGGCUUUAUCAAUACCAAAUAUGAAUGUUUUCGACCAACUCCUUACGAGCCUUUACAUAACAAAAAGUUGGUAUCAUUAUUGCUGUUAUUGGAACGUAAGCGAAUGCUGGAUAAUGAAGAUAAGCGAUCUCUAAGUUAUCGACAUGCCAUAUCAGCCAUAAAGGCUUACCCACGAGAUAUACGUUCUUCAAAAGAGGCAGCCAAAAUAAUAGGCGUAGGUCAGAAAAUGGCGGAAAAAAUUCGAGUGUUUCUGCAAACAGGAACUAUUGAUGAAGCAGAAGAAUUAAGAACAGAUGAGCAUUUUAGGACCAUGAGUCUUUUUAACAAAGUUUGGGGUGUCGGCGUAACAACUGCCAAGAUUUGGUGGGAUAUGGGUUACCGGACGCUUCAAGAAGUGUUAGACAACGCCAAAUUAACUGCCACGGUCAAACUAGGAAUACAAUUGUUUCCUGAUUUCAACGAACCGUAA